CAGCCGCUGAGGGCGGAAAGGGUCGGGCUGCCGCGGGGGAAGGGACGUGGCCGGCUGCAGCCAUGGCGGCGGCGAAGCCUGGGGCUACCGGCAGCGGGACCAACUUGCUUUUCUCUUCCUCAGCUACCGAGUUCAACUUCACCGUGCCUUUCAUCCCGGUCAGCCAGGCUCCGGCUGUAACCUCGGCACCCGCUCUCCUGGCAGCCGAUGAUUCCGCAGAUGUGGGUGAAGAGGACAGCUUCUUGGGUCAGACUUCUGCCAGCCCCAACCCACCACAGACAUUCAGCUAUUUCUCUCAGACACCCAGUAGCAGUGAUCCAUUUGGGAGUAUCGGGCAGCCACCCUUAACAGCUGCAGCACCCGCAGGAGCAGCAGCCUUCUCCAGGCCUCCCACUUCACUUCCACUUGUAUCUGGGGCAGAGGAUGGGCCAAACGCCUUUUCACCGCUCAUUGCAAAGUCACAGUCCUCUUAUGGUGCACCACCUCCUUCACAGGGGCAAGUCACAGCUUAUCAGACUCCUCAGCAGAGCUGUCCCCCACCUGCCAGCACAUCUGCUCUUCCUCAUGGAACCUCUUCUCAGGGCUAUAACCCUUAUCGGCACACCACCCUGAGCAGCAGGGCCAACCCCUACCUUACUCCACCUCAGCUGCAGCAGAGUCAUGCUCCUGCUCACCAGCCAACCUCUGUGCCACCUGUCCAGAUGUAUCAGACACCCCCAGGACCGUUGACAGAGUUUCCACAGACUCAGUCACAGCUCCAGGCUCCCAGGCCAGCAGGCCCACUGGUCCAGGCACCUCCUGUUCUGCUGCAGAACCAAUAUGAACCUGUUCAGCCACACUGGUUCUACUGUAAGGAGGUGGAGGACAAGCAGAUAUGGCUGCCCUUCAGCAUUCUGGAUUCUGCAAAGCUAGAGGAAGUCUAUAAUUCUGUCCAGCCUGACCCCGAGAGUGUGGUUCUGAGCACUGAUGGGGGUCGCUACGACGUGCACCUGUAUGACAGAGUGAGGAAAGCUGUGUACUGGGAGGAGGAGCCCUCUGAAGUCCGGCGCUGCACCUGGUUUUACAAGGGAGACAAGGACAGUCGCUUUGUUCCUUACACCGAGUAUUUCAGUGAGAAGCUAGAGGCAGAGUAUAAAAGGGCUGUGACUACAAAUCAGUGGCAUCGGAGACUUGAAUUCCCAAAUGGGGAGACAAUUGUUAUGCACAAUUCCAAGGUCAUUGUUCAGUUCCAACCUUCAGCUGCACCAGAUGAAUGGGGCACCAGUCAAGAUGGGCAGGCUAGACCACGGGUAGUGAAACGUGGAAUUGAUGAUGACCACGAUGAAAUUCCUGAUGGAGAAAUGUCCCAAAUUGACCAUUUGGUAUUUAUGGUUCAUGGCAUAGGUCCUGUAUGUGACUUGAGAUUUAGAAGCAUCGUUGAAUGUGUUGAUGAUUUUAGGACUGUUUCUCUGAAGCUGUUGCAGACUCAUUUUAAGAAAUCUUUAGAGGAAGGUAAAGUGAGCAGGGUGGAAUUCCUCCCAGUUCACUGGCAUAGUUCUCUGCAUGGAGAUGCAACAGGUGUAGACAGGAACAUCAAGAAGAUCACUCUGCCCAGCAUCGGUCGCCUGCGCCACUUCACCAACGAGACUCUGCUGGACAUCCUGUUUUACAACAGCCCCACCUACUGCCAGACCAUCGUGGAUAAAGUGGGGCUGGAGAUGAACCGCUUGUACACGCUCUUCAUGAGCCGCAACCCCCACUUCAAAGGAGGAGUCUCUGUGGCUGGGCACAGUUUAGGUUCCUUAAUUCUGUUUGACAUAUUGUCUAACCAGAAGGAUUUGGCUUCAUCAGUACAUAGUGGACCAUUGUCUGGUGUCAAUGGGACCGUAAAGGAUGUGGCUGUUCAUGAUAAGCAGAUGACUGAAGACACCAGUUCCUUGGGCUCCUCAAUUGCUACUUCUGGUGAUGACCUUUGUGAGCCUGAAGUAGAUGAUGAUGUUCCUACUUUGCAGAAGACUCUGGAAAUGCUUAGUUUGUCAGAGUAUGCAAGCACAUUUGAGAAGGAGCGAAUUGACAUGGAGUCUCUGCUGAUGUGUACAGUGGAUGACCUGAAGGAAAUGGGGAUACCUCUUGGACCAAGAAAGAAAAUAGCUAAUUUUGUGAAAGAUAGAGCAGCCAAGCAGGAACAAAAGAAAACAGCAGAAAAGAGAGCAGUGCUGGCUGCCACACUCCCGACUCAAGAAGAUGCCAUGAAAACUAAAGAGGCAGUUACUCCUCUCUCCCCAUCAGAGUCUGGUCAGCUGCAUUCCAAGAGAAAGCUUCCAGUUGGUGCCUCUGUCUCUUCUGUGAACAUUGACUAUGACUAUUUUGAAAUUGGAACUGGCCAGGUUUCUGUAGUUUACAGUGCACUGGACUUUGAACCAGAUAUUUUCUUUGCUCUCGGUUCUCCCAUUGGUGUGUUCCUUACUGUGAGAGGUGUGGAGAAGAUUGAUGAAAACUACAGGCUUCCAACUUGCAAGGGAUUCUUCAAUAUCUAUCAUCCACUUGAUCCAGUAGCUUACAGGUUAGAACCAAUGAUCAUCGAAGACAUGGAUUUAAAACCAGUUCUCAUUCCACAUCAUAAAGGCAGAAAAAGACUGCAUCUGGAGUUGAAAGAUUCUCUGUCUCGUAUGGGAUCUGACCUGAAACAGGGUUUUAUUAGCUCUUUGAAGAGUGCCUGGCAGACCCUUAACGAAUUUGCACGUGCUCAUACAUCUUCCACUCAGCUACAAGCAGAACUGGAGAAAGUAGCUAACCAAAUCAAAGAGGAAGAAGAAAAGCAAGUGGUAGAAGCUGAAAAGAUCACAGAAAGUCCAGACCCUCCAAAAGAUGAAGAUAUUUUGGUGAAGGUUGGAAUGCUGAAUGGAGGACGUCGCAUCGAUUAUGUUCUACAAGAAAAACCAAUAGAAAGCUUCAAUGAAUACCUUUUUGCUUUACAGAGCCACUUGUGCUACUGGGGAUCUGAAGACACUGCCUUGCUGUUUCUCAAAGAAAUAUACAGGACUAUGAAUAUCAAUCCUGAGCAGCCACAGCAUUGAUGUAGAGGAACAUGAAUUUCCACACCUGCUGCUCCCAGGGUCCUGGUGAAAAUGUGUUGAAGAACAUUGAAUAGUUUCUUAAUUACAGAUGGCAGGAUAAACAUCAGCCUCUCUUUCUGCCAGUCCAGAACUUGCUCUGAUUCUACCUUCUUGUGUCACUUCAAGCAAACUUUCAAUUUUGAGCUGAUGAGCACUGUCAUUCAAGAGACGGAAGGAAUGACACCAUUGUGAUCUUAAAAGCAGCUUCAUUGUGCAGUUGCCAAGUAUUAAGUGAUGGCUGAAGAAGUGGUUUUUUGGCAUGCAAAGGAUUCCUUCUCUCCUUCAAGCUCUCCUGGCUGUCAAACAUGCUUUGCCUGUCAAGGCAUUGUGUCCUUAUGAAAAAAGACUUGUUGGGGAAACAGCAAGAAUCUGCUUUUCUUGACCAUCCACCUUUGCAAACACAAUAUGACCUGUGGCUACAACCAUCUUCAAUUCAGAUUGACUCCAAACUACCAACCAGAAUAAUUUUCUUACUAUUGUAAGUGCAAUGGGAGAUUAUUUUAUAAAGAUCUUUUAAAGCCUCUGCUAAGAGUUUUAUUGUUUGUUUGGGUUUGGGUUUUGGGUUUUUUUUUUUUGUAAGUACAAAAUGAACCUUUGACUUUGCAGAUGGUAGCAAGUUUGUUACAGCUGGUUCAGUGUUCACAACUCCUGAAAUGAAGAAUUGAAAUGGAUGUUUUGUUCUGGUAAUUAAGGUAAUUUUAGUGAAGCUAGGUCUCAGUUGUGAGAACUAAAUACUGGCCAUGCAGUUUGAGAUCUCAAAACAGUAGAGGAAUCUGAAGCAUAUGGAUGCUGGAUAAUAAUCUUAACUCUGGACCUGCAAUCCAGACUCUGUUUUCAUGUAGUCAAGCUAGGAUGAGUUAGAUGGUUUGAAAUCCUUUGAACUCACGUCUCUGAAUAUUGAGCUCCUGUAGCAUUCCUCUGGCUUCAACUUCCAUGCACAUUGUGGCUUUUCUUGAUAUUAGUGACUUAAACUUACUACUGACCCUUUGCCUCUGUUAUUGCAGUAAAUGAAUCUUGAAAUGCAGUAUGGUUUGUUUUUUUUUUCCUUGGCAUAUGUAAAGUAUACAUCAUUGUGUAUAUAUUUGGGUUAUUAGCAUUAAAAAUACUUUAUUUCCAGUGGGUCUUUACAGCAAGAUUUUGUAUUUCAUCAAAUAAGAAUAGAUUGGAAAGGACUUCUGGAGAGAUUGCUUAGUCCAGCUGCCUUGCUCAAGGCUUAGGGCCUUGUUCAUGAAUCAAGAUCCUUCACCUCUCUGGGCUCUAUUCUGAUGUUUGUCUACUGUGACUGUGAUUUUUUUAUCUAAUAUACAAUUAGAAUUUCUCAGGUGGA